AUGGACGAGCUGGCCUGGCUGCUGCCCCCGCUCCUCCUGCUCUGCGCGCCCCAGCCCCGCGGCACCAGGGCGAUGAAUGACAUUGGGGACUACGUGGGCUCCAACCUGGAGAUCUCCUGGCUGCCCAACCUGGACCACCUGAUGGAGGGCUACGCCCGGAACUUCCGCCCCUGCAUCGGAGGUCCCCCCGUGAACGUGGCGCUUGCCAUCGAGGUCGCCAGCAUCGACCACAUCUCCGAGGUGAACAUGGAGUACACCAUGACCGUGUUCCUGCACCAGAGCUGGCGGGACGGCCGGCUGUCCUACAACCACACCAACGAGACGCUGGGCCUGGACAGCCGCUUCGUGGACCGGCUCUGGCUCCCCGACACCUUCAUCGUCAACGCCAAGUCCGCCUGGUUCCACGACGUGACCGUGGAGAACAAGCUCAUCCGGCUGCAGCCCGACGGGGUGAUCCUGUACAGCAUCCGAAUCACGGCCACGGUGGCCUGCGACAUGGACCUGGCCAAGUACCCCAUGGACGAGCAGGAGUGCACGCUGCACCUGGAGAGCUACGGCUACUCGGCCGAAGACAUCGUCUACUACUGGUCGGAGAACCAGGAGCAGAUCCACGGGCUGGACAAGCUGCAGCUGGCCCAGUUCACCAUCACCAGCUACCGCUUCACCACGGAGCUCAUGAACUUCAAGUCGGCCGGCCAGUUCCCUCGGCUCAGCCUGUACUUCCACCUGCGGAGGAACCGGGGUGUCUACAUCAUCCAGUCCUACAUGCCCUCCGUCCUGCUGGUCGCCAUGUCCUGGGUCUCCUUCUGGAUCAGCCAGGCGGCCGUGCCUGCCAGGGUGUCUCUAGGCAUCACCACGGUGCUGACCAUGACCACCCUGAUGGUCAGCGCCCGCUCCUCCCUCCCGCGGGCCUCGGCCAUCAAGGCGCUGGACGUGUACUUCUGGAUCUGCUACGUGUUCGUCUUCGCCGCGCUGGUGGAAUACGCCUUCGCCCACUUCAACGCCGACUACCGGAGGAAGCAAAAGGCCAAGGUCAAGGUCACGGAGCGGAAGGCAGAGGUGGACGUGAAGCACGCCAUCGUGCUGUUCUCCCUCUCGGCGGCCGGCGUCUCCCAGGAGCUGGCCGUGUCCCGGCGGCCGGGCCGCCUGCCCGGGAACCUCCUGGGCUCCUACCGGUCCGUGGAGGUGGAGGUGGGGGCGGCCGAGAAGCAGGGAGGCCUCCGCUCCCUUUUCAAGCCCAUCGACGCGGACACCAUCGACAUCUACGCCCGCGCCGUGUUCCCCGCGGCCUUCGCGGCCGUCAAUAUCGUUUACUGGGCGGCGUACGCCCUCUGAGGCCCGGCCUCCGCCGCACAGCCUCUGGGGAGCGGGGACCCUCGCUCGGCUCGGAUCUGCGAGUUUCAAAGUGGAGGCCACAACAGGCCACGUGACACCGGAGGGACACCUCGGCCCCCAAGCCCCUGGCCCGGCUCUCCUCCCGGAACUCCACCCUGGGGCCCUCCCACUCGCCCCGCCUGCAGACGCCCAGCCCAGCUCCUCGUCCCCAACAGCAGAGCCGCCUGACCCGAGGCUGAGCCAGGCGGCGCCGGGCCCGUGGGGGGCACGCACUGGACUCGCCCCCGACUCCCGAGCUGUCUGGGGGAUUGAACCGGGAGUGGAGACGGCUGGGCGUGGGGGUGCUCGUUGCCUGGCGAGAGGGCGGAGCGGGCGCCGUGAGCCUCUGGUCCAGCAUGAAAUAAAGCG